GAUCUAGUUCUCGACAAGACAGUUAAUUGCAAUUUGAUUUAGUUCUCUUAGCACCUGUCUGCAUUUUUUUUAAUGCCUCACGAGUAACCAUCCUCACUCGUACCUUAAUACUCUGUUAUGUAGAUUGGUGAAAAUCCUCUGUAGUGGGUAAGCACCAUCGUAGGUUAACAAGAACAAGAACAUGGCCUCGACCGCCCAGUCUGCACAGGACCUGAAGGAACAGAAUGUGCCCCGGCGGAACCGCCGGAAAGCCGGGACGAGCCGCUCCAUGACAGGCAGCCGCUCCAACUGCUCCGUCUCCGACUCACUCAGUCUGGAGGAACCCAACGAGCAGAGUUACAUCAAGGAAGGUCUGCCACAAAACACACGAAUCAAAGUAUGCCACAAAAGGACGCAGUACAACAUCUUCCAAUAUUCCGAAGAAAUCGUGAUGCAAGGAGCCAAGACAUCAACACCCAGCAGCGGCGGCGCCCCAGCAGGCAACGCAGCGACCAAGGUGGCCAACAAGAACGUGCAGGCGGGUUGCGUGGUGUGCGACCCGCUUCCCGAGAUCGUUCGACACCAGCACAUCAUCGUCGAAGGCGUCGAACCGGUCAGGAGGUCCAGUCUGCGCAGCUCGGACAGCACCAGCGCAUCGCCGGAGUCGAGCAGUUCAAACAAAAAAUCUGUCUCUUUCAACAUCCGCCAGUACCGGCAGUUGCCGAAGUGCGUGUACUGCAUCACGAUCGUCAUCCUCGGCGUGGUCCUCCUCAGCCCGGUCAUCUACCUGGCUGUUACCUCCAAAGCGGCCCGAGCCGUCGGUUUAAAACUUCAGAACGGUGACAAAGAGAAAAACAAUGGACAGGCACUAUUUGUCUUUGAAGCUUAG